AUGACCGACACUCAAUCCACAAAGCGGGCUAAAUUGGAGCCAAAAUAUGAACUUCUUUACUGGCCAGGAAUGCCCGGUCGUGGUGAAUAUGUUCGUUUAGCAUUGGAAGCUGCCGGAGUACCAUAUAAAGACACCACCAACGAAUCAAAAGAAGGAAUCUCCAGUCUCCUCGGCAUAAUCGGCAGGGACUCUGUUACUGCACCAGACGAACCCCCCGUCCUGGCCCCCCCAAUUCUCCGAGUCCUAGACUCCCCACUCCUCAUUUCCCAAACCCCAAAUAUUCUCCUCUACCUAGGUGACCACGAAAAUCUAGCUCCAACAGACGGGGAUAAAUACCUAGUCCAUCAAUACGCCCUCACGGCUCUGGACUUAGGUAGCGAAGCCCAUAACGUCCACCAUCCGAUCGGUAUAAGUCUCUUCUACGAAGAUCAAAAACCCGAAUCCCUCCGUUUCGCAAAAGAAUUCCGAGGUCUAAGAAUCCCCAAGUUCUUUGGAUAUUUCGAUAAAAUUGUUAAAUAUAACCGAUCUAAAUACCCGGAAUCGAAUUAUUUGGUCGGUGAGAAGAUUAGUUACGCGGACACCACGGUUUGGCAGGUCGUUGAUGGAGUUAGUCAUGCUUUUCCCAAGAAGAUUGAGGAGUUGAGGAAGGAAAAGGAGUUUGAGGCGUUGUUUGGGUGGUUUGACGGGUUGAAGGGAGAGGAGUGGUUGAAGGGGUAUUUGGAAAGUAAGAGACGGUUACCGUAUGCGUUGGGGAUAUUUAGGCAUUAUGAGGAGUUGGAUGUGGAUCAGUAG